AUGCUCAACCUGCGCAACAACCAGCUGACAGGCCCCGUUCUGCAACCUAUCCCACCAAACCUCACCGUCUACGAUGUCGACCUCAACUACCUCUCCUCAGGCUUCUCCUCCCCACCCAACUGCUCCCAAGGCGCCAUCUCCUUCCGCUUCAACUGCCUCCAAACCCCUGGUGAAGGCUACUCCUGCCCCACGCCUGCCACGCCCUCUGCUCCGGAUGCAGCGGUGCAGCGGCCGGAGGAGCUCUGUGGUGUGUUUUGUGGCGUGAGUGCUGCUGUUCCCCCAUGCGGCGGGCAUGGCUCGUGCUAUGCGGCUGGGCCCAGCAGAGUGCCUACGUGUGACUGCGAUUCUGGCUUUGUCAAUGGGGAGCUGCCUGGAAGCUGCGUCCCUGAAGGAAGCCAAGGGGGUGGCCCAGUAACUGUGCAGCCAACAGCAGCGCAGACAGAAGUGAAGGGAAGGGCGUCAGUUGCAAGCACAGGUCACAUCAUACUCACAGCCUCACAGCCCAACACGUGGGGUGCAGCGUUUUACAAACCCCCCGUCCCACUCUUCUCCUUCGCCCUCAAGGCCGGUGCCUACGGCCGCCCAUUGGCCUUCACCGUUUAUUUCUCCUUCUCCAUUCUCAAACCAGCCACCACCAGCAGGGCAGCAGCCACAGCUGCGGGAGAUGCGGGGGAUGGGUUUGCGUUUGUGAUUUCCGCCAAUGGCUCUGCUACUGGCGGUAGCAGUGGCAGCCGCUACGGCAGUGGUGGCGGCAACAGCUUGGGGUAUGCUAGCAUGGAUGAGCGCAGCAUAGCCGUGGAGUUUGACACUUCUAAGAGCACCGAUGCCAACGACCCAGACAACAACCACGUGGGAUUCAGUGUGAGGGGCAACACCUCUUCCAUCGCAACUGCCAAAGCGCCCUUCACUCUCAACGACGGCAACCCAAAACAUGCCUGGAUUGUCUUCGACCCCUCUCCGUCCUCUUCUAGUGCUACUGCUGCUGCCAAUAAUGGUUAUGACAGCAACACUAGCAGUAGCGGCACGGGGUGGCUGCAGGUGUUUCUGUCGGCCAAGGCGUCCCCCCGGCCGGGCAAGGCAGUGGUGGCAAUGCAGCAAUUUCGGUUCAGGUUCAGUGAGGCAUCGCUGUCACCAGUGGGGGCGAAUCCUUUUUUCCGCUACGCCAGUGUGGGCGUGCAGGCACUGCAGCCAGGAGGAGGAGGGGGAAGCGGCGGAGGCGGAGGGGGUAAGGAGGAGGAGGUGUGGGUUGUGAGCCAGGCAUUCUCCUGGGCUGACCAGGGGCUUUUGUGGCCCAUCCAGAACCAGGGCGCCUGCGGCGACUGCUGGGCGUACGCGGUGGUGGGCAGCAUAGAAAUGGCCUACAACAUUCUCUUCAACCUCUUUGCCGUGCCGCUCCUCUCCAUCUCCCAGCUACGCGAUGCCCUCGGCGCCUCAUGCUCGCAGGGCAACUCGCCUUCCCAGGCCUUCCAGUACCUCGCCACUCUCAAUGACAAGAAAAAACUCGGGCUUACGGAGAAUUUUGCGACCGGGGUCGCGGCCGGGCCCCCGGAUCAGACAAGAUGUUGGGUGGCCCAUUCAGAGUGGACGGGUUUGAGCGCACGGCGUUCCACGGCUGGUUUGGGCUGGCUGCUGGCCGUGCAGAGACAGCCCGUGGUGGUGCAUCUGCAGGCCACCGCCCCCUCCUUCCUUAACCACGACGGGCUAUCCAAGUACGCGGACCCAGAGUGCUUCACGUACAACCUGAACCACGUGGUGCUGCUGGUGGGCUAUCGCCUCACCGGCUCAGAACCCACCUUCCCGCACAUGGCGCCGCCCUUCUGGAUCAUCCGCAACUUAUGGGGCCCGGAGUGGGGCGAUGGCGGGCACAUGCGGAUGGACAUCCAGGGGGGCGACGGCGGGUGUGGGAUCAACACGCUGCCUGGGAUCUACCCGGUAGUGCGCGCUGCCAAGGACCCCUGCAACGUCAACGGCACCACCAGUGGGGUGUUUGGGCCGCUCUUCAACCCCUGUGGCAACUUCACGUGCACGCCCACGCCUGAUGGGGCCAGCAACCACUGCGACUGCAACGACCCGCGAUUCGUCGAGGCGCUUCAACCAGACCACUCGCGCACCUGUGCUUACAGUGAGUGCUCCCCCCCUUGCUUCCAAUGA